AUGGCCUCUCCGUCGGGGGGCGGCGACCCCUCGAAGCCGCCAUUGUUAAACAUAUCUGCCAGCAGCAAGUUGCCAGACGGUGCCAACCACGUCAAGAGCGUCAAGCGCCCGCGGCCGGUCAAGUCGUGCGUCGAGUGCCGGAGCCGCAAGCUCAAGUGCGACCGCCUCAACCCUUGCUCGCAGUGCCGUAAGUCGGCGAGGGCGUGCAAGUACAACGCCUUUGACCCGGAAAACUCUGCCUUCUCGGACGGCUCGGAUGUCGACGCGGCGGAGCCUCCUCCGAAGCGUCUGACCAGCCGGCCCGCGUCCUCGGUGCACGAGGCCUCCCCGGCCCACGCCGUCAACGGUGCCGGCGUGCAGCAGAUCACGUCCGCCCUGGAGGAGCUCGCGGCACGCAUGGAGCAACUAGAGAGGCUUGUCACGCAAAGGAGCCCGGUUCUGGAUCCGAGCGUCCACUCUCCCGGAAAUCACAGUCGCCACCGCAUCAACACCUCGUCUGCAACGAUUCGGGGGCUUACGGUUAAGGGGAGGGUUAACCUAAGAACGAGAUACUUUGGCCAGAACAGUACCCGCGUGCUUCUCAACUUGUUCGAUGAGGCAAAGGAGUUCAUGUUUACAAAGGCAAAGCGCGAGGGCGCUCGUGACCUCUUCCAGUCAUUGCAAAAGAUCUACAGCGCUCUGCAAGAGGAGCACCGCAAGGCCCUGGCUCCGUUGACUGUUUUUGUAGACUCGAUCCUGCCCGUGCAGAAGCGCAUGGUAGACAUCUUGCCCCCCAAGGCCGUCUGCGAUCGUCUGGUGGAUGCAUAUAUCAGCACUUCGGAGGGACUGUAUCGGGUCAUCCACGCGCCCACGUUUCGAGAGGAGUAUGAGGCGUAUUGGCAGUCGAAGCGAUGUACUGACGGCUUCCUCCCGCGGUUGCUGUGUAUGCUCUGCAUCGGUUCGAGGUUUGAGACGAAGAAAGGCCUUCUUCACGAUCGGUCGAACGGGGUGCACAUACCGACGGCAACUGCCCUUGUGCGGUCGUGGCUCGACGCCCUGAGAGGCAAACAGCUGGUCGAUGUCACCAGCCUCCAGGCUGAGGUUCUUCUCCUCCACGCGCAAAGAAUGAUUGCGCCCCGCUACCAGAAUACUUGGACGCAGCUCGGCUUUAUUUCCCGGAUGGCCAUGACCAUGGGGUUGCAUCGAGACCCGACCGAAUUCUCUCAGAUCACACCUUUCGUCGCGGAAAACAGGCGGAAGCUGUGGUUCACCAUCGUGGACAUGGACCUGCACGUUGCGCUCGGGUGCAACCUCCCCAAUGCUGUCCGCGUCGGCGAGUAUACCUGCCGUCCUCCGCGCAACUUGAACGACGAAGACAUAUACCCGGACAUGACGGAGCUACCGCCCUCGCGGCCCAUUGACCAGUACACCGAUACGCAGAUGCAGGCCUAUGCAGCGAAUACCCUGCCGUGGCGGAUGCGCGCCAACGACAUCAUAUGCCGGCUCGACACCAUCACCAACUAUCAAGAAGUCCUCGAGGUCGGCACUAAGCUGGAGAGUCUGUUGGACGAUGUCAACUGCCUCUUCCCGCGGAACCAGCCAUUCGGAACCCACAAUCGAUACAACGAGUGGCGCAUGAGGGCGCUCCUCGACAUGCACGUCCGCAGGCCGCUGUUGGCGCUCUACCGUCCCUUUGCCCUGAGCGCGCCAGACUGCCCGAGCCAGAUCAGCUCGGCCUACCUCAAGUCCGCCAUGGCCAUGCUGACGUACAUGGACGAGCUCGACCCGGAGGCCCCUGGAUUCGCCGACGUCAGCUACAUGUACCACAUCAUCCUCAAGCACGACAUCUCUCAGGCGGCGUUUAGCGUCUGCUACUACAUCAAGAAGGCGCAGGAGAACCAGGCGUGGGCCUCGUCCUCGCGGCAGUCCCCUGACUCGGGCGAGGACGGCUCGUCGACGUUUGGCGAGAGCGGCAUGCUCUGGUCCGUCGGCGCCAUGACCAAGGCGGUCGAGAAGUCCCUGCACAGCCUUAUCGGUCUGUGCAAGGACGCGAGCACGGAUCUGAAGGACGUCAUUUCCCUCGCGGUCGUGCUCGCCUCUGUCCAGCCGGCCAGGAGUCCCGAGGAGCGGACCGAGAAGAUCAAGGACGCCGUGCGCAAGGUCCUUGACAUUUGCCUGCAGGUCUUGAACGGAGGGCCGGACAAGGUCUCUUCGAAAAUGUUGCAAACUCCGCAGCAGAUUCCUUCGCUCGUGGAUUGGUACAAUACGUCGGCUUUCAUUCCCAAUGAGGUCGUCACUCCAGGGCCCCACGACGAGUUCACACUAUGGGACAUCGACUUUUGGAAUCCUGGUGCCGUUCCAAUGGACCAGACAUGA